AUGGGCGAUUAUCAGAGAGCUGAACGCUAUUUUCGUAUGUUACUGGAAUAUAUGCCUGAAGGUCAUCCGAAUACGCAUCGCGUUUACUCGUGUUUGAGAAUAAUUGCUCGCGAUAAAGGAGAUCAUCAAAUGUCAUUAAAAUAUCAUGAAAAAGCUCUAGAAUACUUGAAUAAAUCGAGUAUUUAUAAUGAACAGGAAAAUAUCGGUCGAGAAUAUGUUGGCAUGGGUACAGCACAUAACCGUCUUGGUGAUCUUGAUUUAACUUUGAAAUAUUUUACUAUGGCUACUGAUAUCCAAACAUCACCUAAAUCACAUUCAUAUACAUACAAUCAAAUUGCCCUAUUAUAUCGAGAUAAAGGUAACGCACAAUUAGCUUUAGAAUAUUUUCAAAUAACAUUACACAUUGAAGAACAAAUCUUAAAAACAAAUCAGUAUAAUUCUGUAAUGGCAACUAUGUAUAAUAAUAUCGGUGAAAUAUAUGUACAAUUGGAUGAUAAUGAAAAUGCUUUAAAACAUUUACAUCAUGCAUUAGAUAUUCGUCUCAAAGGUACUGUUUUUACUCAUACAGAUCUUGCUGCAAUUUAA